AUGUCUCAAGUUUUGGAAUUUAAUGAAUUAGAAGAGAAUAAUUUGAAGCUCGAUAAAGAAAAUUCUACAAAUCAUGUGGAAAAUAAUGAUUCAAAACUCAAUAAAGAGAAUUUUGCAAAUCAAGUAGCAACAAAUGAUUCAACGCUCAUUAAUGAAGAAUCUGGACAUGAAGACGUAUCUAAUAGAAAUGAGGUUUUAGAUAAUGAUCAAAUACAUACGGAACUGUCUAAAAUUCAAUUUGUUAAAGAUCGUGGUAAAUAUCAAGGACUUAUCGGUGCUGUUUUCAUUAUUGCAUCCAUCACAAGCCCAAUAAUUGGUGGAUUAUUUGCAGAUAAUGAUCAUUUGGUUGGUGCUGUAUUCGGUUUAGGAAUUGUAGCUGCAGUAUUUGCAUCCGGUUUUUCGGAUCAAAUAAAAAUAACUGCUGCCGUUCCUCAGGCACUUAAGAAUUAUCAUAAUCUUCCGGAGAUUUUUAAAUUAGGAACGAAGAAACGGCUUGUAUCGUCGUUAAGUGUCUCAUUUAGAACAGGAAUUGCAUUUGGAUUGUUGCUAGUGAUAUCAGCUGUGUUUAUUAAAGAUGAAAAAAAUACAAAAGCAAAAGAAAAAAAAGCAAAGACAGAAGAGAAUGAAGCUGUAUAA